CUGACACCCAUCCAGUAUAAUGGUCUCACCAAUACCCAGACCUCAGCCUCCACAGCCCCGCAAUACAAAAACAGGAGCCACAAAACCAGUUUCUUUCUCCCCACAAUCAGAGACACAAACACAAGCUGAAUCAGUUACACAGAAGCAGCCACAAGCAGAACUACCGCCACAAGGGGGAUCGGCAAAACUUUCAGCAAAACCUUCACUUUACGCAAAAUAUCGUGCUCUUUCCUUAAAGGUAAAACUAUACAUAUGGAUAACCACGGCAGGGGCUGCUUGGCUCGCAGACUCUCUCAGUGACCGUAUCUUCGAGCAAAACAUGAUAGAUGCGGAAGCCAAUCGUCGUGUAGAGAUGGAAAUCCGGAAAAUGAGGGAACUCGAAGUGCUAGAAAGAAAUAGCGCUUCAAGUAACCAAAAAUGAUAUUCGACCCAUCAGGGGCCUCUUACCUUGCAUUUGGUUUCCCCAAUCAUGUUCUCAUAGCAAAAGUCCUGGUUUUUUAAAAAGUGGCAUUUUGUUCCACGAUUAGAUAUUACACUCAUUUGUCCAUUAUUGUAUAGAUAUGCAAUUCGGUAUGCAUUUCUCAAUACACAAAGUUAUGUGACAAAUAAUUGAACUUUCAAGGAUGAUUUACAUCGAAAUAUUUUGUUCC